GCCCACGGAACUUGAGUUGCGAACUUAUCGGAUUGAUUUAGGCUUGCUCAAAUAGAUUACCCGAAAUCGAGCCUAAUCUGCCGGAUUUUAGAUUUUACGAACCGGUAUCGGGACGGUGGUGGGGUGGUCUCCGGAGAGAUGGCGGAGGAGGGUGGCGCUCGGGAGAGCGACUGCUCCUUCGAAUGGGACGAGGAGUCGAAGCUCUACUACCAUGCCAGUAGCGGCUUUUAUCAUGAUCCCGGUGCUGGAUGGUAUUACAGUAGUAGAGAUGGUCUUUACUACACAUAUGAGGAUGGAAACUAUGUUCCAUUAUCAAGUAUCAAGGGUGAUGAAUCUCAAGCUGUUGAAUCUACAAGCUCUGCUCCGGGUGAAGGUAACAAAGACAAGAAAUGUAUGUUUAGAUAUGCCUGCACAUGCAACCGGUGAUGAGUCUGAUAUUCCAAGUCCUCCAUCUGAGUGGCUAGAAGAAACACUGAUUAAUCUAUAUUUAUCGGGUUAUUCCAAUUCAGAUAUCCAUGCUGAUAGCUUAUCAACAACUUCACAAACAAACAGAAGUCAGAUCUCUUAUGAAGAACAGUCUGAUCAGCCAUCCUCAGGUAAGUUGCCCGGCUGUUACUGUGGCAUUACAUAUCAGCAAGUAGAAGGUGAGUUGAUCUCUGAGGAUGAGCAAAAUGUAUUUAGGUCGAGCAAUAGACUUUUAGAAGGAGAUGCAUCAUGGGAUGAAGAAAACUGGAAAGCUCAGUAUGGCCAGGUUGCAACCUUAGAUGAUGAGGGCAUACCAUCUUUUGCCACAGUUGAUCUAUGGGACUGGGAAAUUGUUAAAGAGCACACAAAGAAAAGACAUCAGAUAGCUAAACUGAUAGGAAGAUUGGUCAGGCGUUCCAGUAAGCUGCAUCCUUCUGUGCCAGCUGGUGGUGGUGUCCUAAAAACUGCUGCCAUCCGUGCAGUUCAUUUGGAUCUAGUAGGUGUUGCAUCAGGGAAAGUUUACAGGUUGAGGACCCCAUGCCCAAGACACUUGACUUCUGUAUCAAAGUAUGAUUCUUCUAACCCAACCAAAGAUUGGGGCUUCCCUGAUUUAUAUGCUGAUCUGCAAAGUAGCAUGCACCAUAGUUCAAAUCCAUUCUAUGGAUCUGACACUGCAAAGGCAGCCAAUCAAGAUAAUUUGUCUGCUCGCAUCGAUCAGGUUCCUGUUACAGUAAAGAAGCACCAGAAUCUAGCUUAUAGAGAUAGAGCUGCUGAGAGAAGAAUGCUACAUGGAGGUUUUGGUAUAGGCCCAGGACAAAAGAAUGUGGAGAACAGUAAGUUUCAUGAGCUGGGAUCACCUUCACAGCCUUGUGAUGCGGAAGAAGCUGCUGCAGAAGCAGCGGACAUAUCUUUUGGAACUGGAAGUUAUGCUAGAAGGAUUCUUGAGAGCAUGGGCUGGAAACAUGGAGAGGCUCUGGGGAACACCACAAAGGGUAUCUUGGAACCACUGCAAGCUGUUGGUAACAAAGGCUAUGCUGGUUUGGGAUGGAAUCCUGCCCAGCAUUGAAGCUUAAAAGGCCAUUACAAUGACAUCGGACAUAUGACAUUUGCGUGUGAAUUUAUUUGGUGUGGUUUCACUGUGAAUUAUCUUCUGCAUCGUGCUUCAGUUCUACAUACUGGCGGAGACUUCUCAUUUCUACCUUGCCAUAGACUUUGCUCCGGCUUCGGAUAUUGUGCAGCAUCCUUUCAACGAGUAUGGGAGGUUUUGGAAGGUUCCCUGUACUGAACAAAUCACUACAUCCCAACCCCCACUCUCUGAGUCCUCUUGGUUGUUGGCUUUGAUAUUCAUAUGGCUCGGCUUCCCAUGAUGGGGAGUGUGCGAGGUCCCCCCACAGCUGUGAAGGAUGGUGUCGUGUUUAUGUCUGUCCUGCCUUCCAGCUUGACAUAAGGGCUGUUUGUUUGUUUCCUCACAAAACAGAGCUUGGUGGUUUAGCGUUUGCUAAAAAAAAUAUUCUGUUUCUUGCUUUUAUCACUCUUAUUCCUUUUCUUUUCCUUUUUUUGAGGAUAUAGGUCUUUUCUUUCAAAAGCUCUAAAGAUUUUAUGUACAAUUACAAAAAAUAAAAGGGUCUCGUUGUACACUUUGUUCA